UUUUCUCUAUCUUUUUUUGCAUAACAAUUAUGACUAACAAUGUUUUGCCAGGUGUCUCUUCUUGAUAAGAACUGAUAUUAUUCUAAUAAAUUCGGGGAUAUUCACAUAAUUAUCCUAUUUUAUUUACAUUGUAGAGUCUGGUGCCUUCCCUGCUACCUGCAUUUCGGCCACCCUGGGACCACCUAUAUGACCAGAUCACAAUCUUCAGUGAGUAAACACACUCCUUCCUGUGGUGCUCCUGAUCAGAAAUUCAUGGAGUUUCUGAGGGGCAGUGGGGAUUUCUGUCACGCACAGCACUGCCUCUGUGCAGACAAGUGAACUGUGGAAAUUCAUUGCUCCUCCUUCGAAGAAACACCCAGAGGACUGAUUAACCUGGACACAGAUUGAAUCCAAAUCUGCACGGUUCUGACCUGGCUGCGGUGGACCUCAGCGCAUUUACUUUCUGUCACCUCAGUAUUAGUGGAGUGAAGACUUGCUGCUCGCGUGCAGGGUCAAUUCAUUUACCAUUUCUUCCAACUCCACACUCAAAGCACUGGGAAUUUCAAGUAGAGUACUUUGAAGUAGACUUCAGUUUCUUCACAUCUUUUCUGAAUUCAAUUUUUAAAAUUAUUUCAUGACCCUCUUGUUUCUUCACCAAACUAAAAUGGCUGGAAGGAACCACCCAGCUCCUACGGAAGUCACGUACAAGAACAUGAGAUUUCUUAUUACACACAGCCCAACCAACGCGACCUUAAACACAUUUACAAAGGAACUUAAGAAGUACGGAGUCACCACAGUGGUAAGAGUGUGUGAAGCAACUUAUGAUGCUGCUCUUGUGGCAAAAGAAGGCAUCCGUUUUCUUGACUGGCCCUUUGAUGAUGGUGCACCGCCACCUCCCCAGAUUGUUGACGACUGGUUGAGUUCUGUGAAAAUCAAGUUUCGAGAGGAGCCUGCCGGUUGUGCUGCCGUCCAUUGUGCCGCAGGCCUCGGCAGAGCGCCGGUGCCCGUGGCUCUGGCGUUGACGGAAGGAGGAAUGAAGUACGAAGACGCAGCGCAGCUCAUAAGGCAGACGCGGCGUGGAGCUUUUAACAGCAAGCAGCUUUUGUACUUGGAGAAGUAUCAUCCUAAGAUGAGGCAGCUGCGUUUCAAACGCUCGAGGGUCCACAAAAACAGCUGCUGCCUUCAGUGAAAUGGGGUUGCUUGACGCUUUUGCCUUGGGAGCAAAACUUGAGAGAGGUCCCCCUUCGUCAUAUGCAUCAGCCAACUUGUAGCCUUGGUGAGAGAGUCCCACGUCUCCAUGGGAGG